UGCUGCAAAAUGGAGGGUAAGCAAACUUCUGUUGUUCUAGCUACCCAAUAUUGCCCAUGAAUUGCACAAGUCUACUGUCGACUUUUGUUUGGUCUGAGAAAUCAUCGACUUUUGUUUGUUCUAGCUAUCCAUGCUGUUGGAAAUGCAUCUUCCAAAGUCAAUUUAGGUGACCUGAAACGAUUAUAUGCAGCACACAGAAUUAUAUAAGAUGGUUGCAAUCUUUCUUGUUCUCUCCUUGUUUCUGAAUUGAAUUAACCUAUCUGGUCUUUUGUAGUGGAGAAUUCAUGCUUGGACUUGUUCUUCAAAUCAACUGCUACCAUGAAUUAACUUCGGUGCUGAAGUUGGAGCACAAGAUGCUGGACAAUUUCUUCUCUGUGUUGUCAUGUGUUAUCUUCGUGCCCUUCUACACGGGAUUCCUCCCUCUCCUGUUCUGGAGUGGACACGGCAGGCUGGCUAGGCAGAUGACCCUCCUCAUGGCUUUCUAUGACUACCUCGGCAACUCUGUCAAGGUUUUGCCAUCUGCUUGUAUACAAUUGAAGGUACACGCUUUAGUUUAAUCACUGACACUCUCGAUCUUUCUGAA